AAUGCAGGAGAUGAGGCGCAAGCACCCGACCUUACCGCCGAAAUUCACAUCUUGUUACCAUCUUAUUAUUCAUUGUAUUUGCAACAAAAUGAGCUCCUUUUUUUUUUUCUUUUUUCUUUUUUUUUUUCUUUCUUUUUUGGUACUCUUACUAUUUUAAACAUCUAUCAUCAAUGACAACAUUUCUUGAUAUAAUUAUCAGGGAUUCUUACAAAAGGAGACCUUGUUAUUUUGGAAUUUGCUUUCUGGUACCUUUCUUAAAAAGUUUUUCAUUAACAUACCUAUUUAGUGAAGGUAUUUUUCAUUUCAAUACCUUCCAUUAAAUUUCCUUAACAGCAAUUUAGAUUAUGCAGCUUAGUUUUUAUAAAUGAUGGAAAUGCCCUCCUGGUUUUUUGACCGUUGAAUGUAACAAACAUCGAACAGGCCUCUAUUUGAACAAAUUAGAUCCACAGAUCAAAGCAUAGUCCAUGGAAGGAAUCAUUUGAACAAUUGUUUGGUCUAGUGAAACAUGGGUCCACUUAUCAUAAUAAACAAAGAACCUUAGUAUAUUAUGCAAAGCCUUGAUUGUGGAUACUUUUGUGCCUCAGUUUUUGUUUAAUGCUUGUGGAGUAAUUUUAUAUGUUCCUCAGCCCGUCUAUACUAAGCAGUUCAGUAGGCGGUACAUAGUGAAAGAUUCAAGUUGUUCAGCAAGUGGGUUCCACCAUGUGGAUUAGCUGGCCAAAAUCAAGCUGUCCAUUGCUUCUAACCCUAUGGCUCACAAGAUAAGAGAAGUGGCCGCACUUUCAGUUUCGGACAUCAAAUUUACACAAUGGACCCACUGUUGGAUUUGAUACCCUUGGAGCAUGUCAGCACAUCUUGUGGCUUGUAGAGUGCCUGCCUUUGUCCGAGAUAGACUAUGUUCGAUUUUCUGCUAGUAGAAGUGGCCCACCAUUUGGCCAUCCAAACCCAUUUGUAUGAUGCAAUCUGCCACUGUGGCCCUGAAAAAAUCCCAAAUAGAAAAGCUUCUAACAAAUAAUAUUUGGUCCUUUCAUGUACAAGUUUGUGCAAGAUGGAUCAUUAGUCCUCUUGUCAGGGUACUCAUUUCAUAUAGUAGAUGAACCAUUAACAAUACUUGGUCCUCUCAAUUAAAAGGGUGAAAUUAGAUAGUUAAGAUCGCUGAUGCUUCAUCACCACAGUGGUCCCACAUUUGAACUACGGGCAUUCUCUAACAUCAUAUUUCCUAUGCUACUCCAUUGGUUGUCUAAUAUUUAUUGCUUUCAGUCGGGUGCACAACAAUCCAAUCUCUGGUCCCUCUUGUCUAACCAAGGAUGGAAACCAUGCAUUGAGUCCACUCUGAUCUGUGAUGCAGUUGCUGUUGCUAAAAUUUUGAAUGUGAUGCUUGUGAUCCCACAUUUCGAAGUAAAUCCUCUCCGGAAAAGAUUCAAGGAUAUGGCUGCUCAUAUGGCAUGCGAUUUCAGUGGUGGUAAAGCUGAAAAGCUGGCUCUGGCAAAGUAUUGCCAAGUUCUUUGGGAAGGGAGAGUCUUGAACUCUCAGUUCACCGAUGAGGAGUUGAGUGGGGGACAUUGCCCGUUGACCUCAGAAGAGAUCAGAUUGCUGGUGGCUGCUUUAGGCUUUGACAACAACACCCUCCUCCAUCUUGCUUCCCACGAGGUUUAUUUGGGUGGGGCAAGGAUUUCGAUGCUGUGCAACCUGUUCCCCUUAAUGGAAGACAAGAAGAGCCUUUCUUCCGCAGGGCAACAGACUAAGAUCGAAGGGAAGGCUUCCCUGCUAGCUGCAGUCAAUUACUAUGUGAGCAUGCACAGUGAUGUGUUUGCAUCUGCUUCUCUUGGCAGCAUGCACAAUGCACAGUUCAAUGGCUGCAAACAGGCCUUCAGCAGCUGGGGUCUCAGCCGUUCGAUGAAAGAAGAAACAUGUUGUUUUAAGGGCUCGGCUCCACCGCUGAAAGAAAGAAACGCACAGUAACUCAUCAACCCCAUAAAUUCGUUUCCCUGCCAUAGGAGCAACGCCAAUGCUCAUUUGUGGUUCCCAUCGACCGUUAAAAUGCCAGAGGUAACAAAUUUCUGCUGGAUGUGAACUAAGAUAUAAGAUGUUAUGUUUUGUGGGAUUCCUUUUAUUUCUCAUCUGAUUGGUGGGGUUCAAAUUGACGGUAAACAACAAUAAUGGGCCAGGGUCUGUCAGUGGGUGAUGGUACUUUGCAAGUAGUUUACAACUUAGGAAUUUGUACUAUUGCUCAAUUUUACAUUUGCCCCAACAGGUUGGUCAGAUGCAUCAAGUUGGAUUGCAACCCGUCAUUGAAUUGGAUUGCAAUUAUUAAUAUAAUAAAAUGGAACAACUCGAUUGCAAUUCCUUGGCAUUUAUAGCAAGGAUCCUGGCCCUAAAUUUUGAUUGCAUUACUAACGCAUUGGACACGAAAGAAACAUCAUUGAUAUUUGUAGAAUGCUUUAUAAAUGAUGAAUUUUGUU